UGUGUGUCUCCUCUUUAUCUGUUUUGCUAGCUAGUUAUUUAAGUUCUAUUUAGCAGCUUAAAGGGGAACUGAAAAUCUCUAUUCUCUGUGUUCUGUGUCAGGCGUCUCCCUCAUUGGCGAUACCCCAGGAGCGUCUAGACACAAUCCUGUACCAUGUGCUCUUGGACAACCCAGCUUGAGCAGGGAGGUGGGACCAAAUGACCCACUGUGGUCCAUUGCAACCUGACCGACGCUGUGAUAUAUUUUUGUUUUCUGGGCAUUUGUAAGGGGUAAGGCAAAAAAGGACGAGUUAAGGCAAACACUCGUGGCUGCAGGGAGAACCGCCUCGGCACGCACGAUUACUGCGGAAAUCACUCCUUCCAGACUGGCAAGGGAAACGGAAAGCAGCGCCGUGCCGGGGGCGGCGCUUCCCUCCCGCCUCCCGCAGCCAUGGCGGCUCCCGGCGGGAUGGUGCCGGUGCUGGCGGGGCUCUACGUGGGCGGCGCGGAGUCGUGCUCGUCCCCAGAGGCGCUGUCGGCGGCGGGGGUGGUGGCGGUGCUGACGGUGGACGCGGAGGAGCCACCGGCCGUGCCGGGGGUGCGGGCCAUGCACGUCCGGGCGCGGGACGAGCCCGGCGCGGACCUGCUGAGCCGCCUGGAUGAGUGCGCCGCGUUCCUGGACGCGGCCCGGGCGGGCGGCGGCGCCGCGCUCGUCCGCUGCCACGCCGGGGUGAGCCGCAGCGUGGCCGUGGUCGCCGCCUACCUGAUGAAGACGCAGCGUCUCGGCUGGGAGGAGGCGCUCGCCGCCGUCAGGGCCGCCAAGCCGGACGCGCAGGUGAACCCGGGCUUCCAGGGGCAGCUGAAACUCUACGAGGCGAUGGGCUGCGCCGUGGACACCAGCAGCGUCCUGUACAAGAGGUACCGGCUGGAGAUGCUCAGCGAGAGGCUCUCCGAACCUCAAGACUUGCCCCAAGAAGUCUUUGCAGUUGAUCCUACCACUGUAUGUCAAAAAUUGAACACAGAGAUUCUUUACAGAUGCAGGAAAUGCAGACGCGCUCUGUUCCGUAGCUCCAGCAUUUUGUCCCACACGGAAGGAAUCGGACUGACAGCUUUUGCCCACAAGAGGAUAACAAACUCUGCACGGCUUUCUGGGAAUGGCCAGGAAAAGUGCACCUCAUACUUCAUCGAGCCUGUGCAGUGGAUGGAACCAGCGUUGCUCGGAGUAAUGGAAGGACAGCUUCUGUGUCCCAAAUGCAUGUCAAAGUUGGGCUCCUUCAGCUGGAGAGGGGACCAGUGUUCCUGUGGCCGCUGGGUGACUCCGGCCUUCCAGAUCCACAAAAGUAGAGUGGAUGAAGUGAGGAUGCUGCCAGUUGGUAACUUCCAAAUUGCCAAAACCUGAAUUCAUCACUUCACUUGAUGGAUUUCUUAAUAUUUACUGAGAACUACUAGUCCAUGGUUGCCAGGAAAUGAGCUUAUGACUUCCACCCCUUGGUGAGGUAGAAUUACUUGAACACCUUCAGCUUGCUGUAUCUCUCCAUAUGAAAUAUCUAUGAAAUAUCAGGACACUUCCUUCAAAGAGGUGUUACAGAGUAACAAAUCUACAAAAUAGGUAAAAUGUGAUGUCAUUUAUGUUUUGCUGUUCACAGGUGGUCUCCACUCCUUAUUCAAAAGGAGUUGCUGUGUCCAGUAGUGUCAAGUGCCCUAAAAUGGCACAAUUACAGUUGGUUUGCAUGCCUGGCAGCAAAAGGCAAACUUACACUUUUAUUGUAUUAAAAGUAAUCCUAAGAAUA